AAAUGGAGAUAUUUACUUUACAUUUGUUAAACCCUAAACAUACCGAUAAAACAAAUACGAUCAACAUAAGUACGUCGUCGGAGAGUACAACCCUGCGUCAAAUGUCAAUUCAAAACGCAAAACGCAACCGAAUUUCUGUACACUCUAUAUGUUAACCAAGUUAGUGUAUUUCUCUUUUUUCCUCAAAGAUAUCUUUGUUUGUUUCUUUAGAAAGAGAAAUUUUUAAUAUUUUAAUAUCAUUUGUAUAAGUCUUAUCUAAAACACAUAGUUCCAAUAUAAUUUUCCUCCGUCAAAUAUAGUGUCACCGAAAUUCGCAUAGCGAACAAAAAAGGACCGCGAUAAAAAUGUACACAACCAAGACGAACGAAAAAAAUGUGUCAAAUGAGCAACACCAACUCAAUUUAUGGCAACAGCAUCGGCAACAAUAUCGACGAGAGUCUUCGAUUAAUUUCAGUGACAUCGUUGAAGAUCAAACAAUUUACGACCAAACAAAUUCCGAUAUGACGUAUGCUUCAGGCGAUAUAAGCGAUCGUGCAUCAUCGGCAUGGGGAAAUGAAUUUGGUGCACAGCAUCACGAUUUGAAUUCCGAUAAAUUAUCGGUUGAUGAUAUUCUACAAAAGAGCUUUAUUCACGAAAUUCGAAAUAUAAGUCAACAACGAGCCGGUACGUUAAGCACAUCGAUUCGCAGUAAUAUGGCAUUUGAAUUUUCUGCAUCACAAUUUCCACCACAAAGCGACAAUAUAAGUUGUGUGUCAGCCGACUUUCGACCAGCCGAAGAGAUGCACGAUCAAUUAAACAAAGAUGAAAAAGAGUGGGAACAAGAGUUUGCCGACAUACCACAAAUGAAUGGUGUAUCAAUGUCAAUGUCAAUGUCAUCAUCAGUGUCGGACGAAAAGUUUGCAAAACCACAUGGAAAACUGACAAAUAUGACGGAUUUUUCGGUUGCAUACCUGGGCGAAACUACAAUUCAAAAAGAUCUGUCAAUUGGACGAUUUUUUCAAAAUCGUUGCCAAGAUUUAACCGAAAUGAUUCCGGCCAAAAGUCCAAAGAAACAUACACCAAUCGCUCUCGUGUCAAAUUCGAUGCAAUCCGCUUCAUCUUCGUUCACAGAUGAUGAAUCAAGUACAGUGACAAAUACGGCUCCAAGAAUUAGCUCGGCGACAUAUGAUAAGGAAAGAUCGGUCAUAAGUUUAUCAACUAUAAAACAUCAUUUGGAAGAAAACGAUGCUGAAACACCACAAUCGUUCCUCGAUAAAUUAUAUCCAAAUAAAUCAAAGCUAUCACCAACCCCAAAUGUAAUAUCAAAGGAAAAAUCGCAAAGCCCCCAAGCAAAAAUGGUCAGUAAACAACAAAAUCAAGAUUAUCGAGAGUAUAAUCAACAUGAGUAUGUUGACAAAGAUGCCGGUGACAUGCUAAAUCGUAUGAAUAGCACGAAAAUUGAGGAGCAGAAUGACGAGCACAUGACCAAUGCUAAUUGUAGCACAGAUACUGAAGUCAUAGACGGCGAUAAAGAAUAUCUCGAAGUUCCAACUAAUCGAUUUGUUUUGGGAAGUAAUUGUUCACCGAUCAAGAAUCGGUCGCCACCGAGACCAAUUGAAAACAGCAUGAAUACGGGAAAACGAGCACACCGCAAAGUCUCACCAUUGACAAAUGAAGAAAUAAUGCAAAUGCCAGUUGAAAACCGAUUCGAGCAAAAAGAAAAUGUACAACAUGUUUACAACAAUAACAACAAGAGUCAUCAUUCAUCGCAACGCAUGCGUUCGCCAGAAAAAAAUCCAUUGGACGAUGUAUCAAGUUUAAUGUUGAAUAAAUUACGCAUUAAUUCACCUGAAAAGCGACCAAAGUCACCAGUAUUGGUGCGAAAAUGUUCGACCGAUUUAAAUCCAACAAUACAAAAAUCAAUUGAAAAUCGUCUAAUGGAAGAACAACGCCAUUAUGCAAUGCCAAUGAAUCGAUCAUCACCUGAUCGAAUGAAAAUGUCAUUGCCAAAUUACGGUUUGCAUGGAUUGCGAUCGUCCUAUCAGGAUGCCAUUUCGCUUGAGAAAAGAUGCAAUUCACAAAUGAGCACACACAGUGAAUUCACACAACAUGAUGGAAAAUUUCCGUUAAAAUCAAACACAUCCGAACUUGUUUGGGAGUGUAUAAAAUUAAGAAAAAGCGUUACAAAAACAUUCGUCAUCAAGAAUACGAGUGAAAAGAAAUUGAGCUUGAAAAUGAAUGUCGUUGGACCGGGAUUUCAAAUUGCAUCCGGCACUGAUGUUGAUUCAGUUGCAUUACAGGGCAAUGAAUGUCGUACAAUAGCCAUUACAUUUUGUCCGACAGUCAUUGGCAAAGCAAUUGGUCGAGUUAUUUUUAAGCCGACAAAACAUUGGCCCGAAGAAACAGAACGUGCAGUUAAUUUAUGGGCAUAUGGUGGCAGUACGGUUUUACAAUUGCAAGGUGUUGAACGAGGACCCGUUGGUAGUUCAUUCUUGAAAAUGGGUGAAACAAAUAGCAUCACAUCAACCAUAUUGAAGCGUUCGUUUUCCAUUUACAAUAAAGGCCCAUUGAAUGGUAUUGCAACGAUUUUUGUUAAACCAAAAACAAAUCAAUGCAUCAAUGACACUCAUAUUUCAAUCGAACCAAAUAAAUGCGCUAUACAGCGAGAUUGUUCGACAACGAUAACCGUUAGCUAUAAAUUACGGCGAAAGGAUUUGGAACGUUUGCGUGAAAAAUCAUGUGAAGUACUAACGGUCGGUACGCUUGAGGUAAUCUUUGGUUCGGAACCAAAUCGCCAACGUAUCGAAACGAUGCUAACACGAAACGGUGACAUUCCAGCCACAUACAAACAACUUGAAUUCUUGGUAUAUCGGUUUCCAGUCGCUGGCAUCGAAUGUUUCACAGAUUUUUGCGAGCACAUUGAUAAUGUGUCCGAUUUAUUUGGUUGUUUUAAAACAUCGGAAAUUGCAUUGACAAUUAAUCGCACCAAUUUGGAUGAAACGGGUGACGGUGACUUAAGUGGUAUGGAAGAUUCAGUACUGUUUAAAACGUUGAUCGAAACACCAAAUCAAUACAAUUCAUCAUUGCAACCGAAGCAAAAAAAUGACGAUGGCAAAAUGUGGUCUAUUCAUCCAAAACGAUUGUUAAUGGAUACAAGAAAUAAUACAAGAAAAGCACUCACCAUCCAGAGUUACUUUCAACAACCACAAACAUUUCAAAUCGAUUCCGAUUAUCGAGAUUAUUUCCAUUUUUCAACCAGAUCGGGACAAAUCAAACCGGGAACCGAAUAUAAAAUUGAUAUUGAACUUAGACAAGAUCUCCAUAUUACGCCAUUCAACGGUGUUAUUGCCAUCUACAUCGAAACAGAUUGCAUCGAAGUUCCAAUCAACGUUCAACCAAUGCCACGGUAUUAGAGUACUUGCCUUUAACUUAAUCCAUAGAAUUUAGAAAAUAAACAUGCACACGCUAUAAGUAUUUAAUUUGUAUCAACCACCAACCAGAUCGAUCUCAUAUCGAAAUUGAUUCCAUCCGUUCAACAUUUGGAUUGAAAAAGAUAAAUUUAAUUGUAAAAUCGAAUUGUUUUCAUUUUUGAGACAAAGUAGUCGGUAAAUUUUUUGACUACUAUUGGCUGGUAGAUAGCGAUUCAUAUUUUGAAAUGUUUCUGUUUAAAUUGAAAUAACUCGUAUCCUAACCGAUAAUGGGAUACCAUUCAAAAUUAUCCGAUAUUUCCACUAAUAUGAUUUUUUAUUGUUCCAUGACAAAAUAUAAAGAUUACGCUAUUUCUGAUUACACAGCCAUUUAUCAAUAGAAGACAUAGAAGCUCAUUUUUUUAAAAAUAUGUUUGUAAUGCUUAUAAUUUUAUUGCAAUUGAUAGAAAUUCCGUAAUUGUUUUGUAACUAAUCUCAACGUAUUCGAAGAAAAAUAAAAAUAUUUAAAAAAAUA